CACCCGCAAUCAAAUCAAAUUCAAAGAUGCAAAUUACAAUUUGCAUACAAAUGCAUACAAACUACAACUGCAACAGCAACAGCAUCAGCAACUGCAACAGCAUCUGCAACAGCAUCUGCCACAACAAAAGCACAAACAACAUUUCUCACAACAAAAGCGCCGCAAAUUGUCGUCAAAUGCUAUAAAAUUGUUGAGAAUAAUUGUAAAGCACAUUUGCAAACAUAUCACUGAGCGGGUGUAGGGUUCAAAGCCACAACUAACUCACCAUGAUCAAGGGCAUUUUAAUCCAGCGGAAGAGCCAGGAGGAUGCCAGCUACACCAAGCAGCUCAAGAUGGAGCACGCCGAUCUGGUGGCCGAGAUGCAGACGGUGGAGAGCCUGCCCACCCACGAGCGCCUCCAGCUGGCCCGACUACGACGUGCUCAGCAGCUGAAGCUGGCCAGGCAGAAGGAGAAGGAGUGGGCCAAGUUGCAGCGGGCGAAGGGCAAUUCCGCCGGCGGUGGCAGCGGCGGAAGCGGGGUGCUGGGAAACAAUUUGAUGAACGGGAAUGCGGAUACCACGCACCACUUCCGGCAUGCCAACGGAUCGGGGACGGUGAGCGGAAGACGGCACAUUUCCUUCGAGAACAGCGUGGUGCUGCUGGAGGCGGCGUCCAGGAACGACAUGCCCGAGGUGGCGGCCCUGCUCCAGCACGGAAUCACGCCAGAUGCGGCCAACGAGGACGGGCUGACGGCGAUGCACCAGGCCUGCAUCGACAACAACGUGGAGAUGCUCCAGCUGCUGCUCGAGUACGGAGCGAAUGUGGAUGCCCAGGACAGUGACAAGUGGACGCCGUUGCACGCCGCCGCCACCUGCGGCCAUCUAGAGCUAGUCCGCAUUCUCAUCCGGCACGGAGCCAAUCUCUUGGCCGUCAACACCGAUGGCAACAUGCCCUACGACCUUUGCGACGACGAGAACACCCUGGACUUUAUCGAGGGCGAGAUGGCGCAAAGGGGCGUCACCCAGGAGCUUAUCGACGAGACGCGCUCCUCCACAGAGCGCAUCAUGCUGCGCGACCUCAUGGAGCUGGCACGCACUGGAGGGGACUUGGAGGAACCGGAUUACCAGUGUGCCACCCCGCUCCACAUAGCCGCUGCCAAUGGCUAUGCCCGGGUGGUUGAGUUCUUGCUGGAGCAGCACGUCAACGUGGAUGCCAUGGACAAGGAUCUGUGGACACCGGUGCACGCUGCCGCCUGUUGGGGACAUCUCGAGGUGCUGGAAAUGUUGGCCCAAUGCGGUGCUGAUUUAAAUGUUCGCAACAAGGACGACGAGACGCCGUCAGAUAUCUGUGAAGAUCCUGAAAUCAGGGAACGAAUCGAGCAACUGAAAACGGAGCAGGAAAGCAAACGACUUGCUGAAGCGCAGCGGAGGCGGGUUCGACGCUCGCAGAGUAACAACACCAGAGCCCAGUCGGUGCGUCGCACUAGCUUGCGGGACAAAACGCUGACAACCAAAAAGGAUGCUGUUGAGGAGACCCGCCUACGUCUGCAGGCCCAGGAGGCAACGGCAUCGGACACCUCUGCCGUGAGUGGCGGAGAUCCCCUGACCAAUGGCUAUGGCUAUGGCAACAAUAACGGCGAGAAGCGACCCUCGACUGGCAGCUCGAACGGCCAACUGCUGCCCCACUCCAAGUCCGCCGAUGCGCUGGACAAUGCGAUGGUUUCAUCAUCGUCCGCCGCAUUGACGGCGACAGCCACACAUUCCUAUCAGCCGCGUCGUCCGCCGGAUGGCCGGGAGAACGAUGAGCUAUUCCUGAAAGCCGGCGCCGUGGGCGACAUGCAGCGGGCCACCUCAGCGGCGGCUGUGAUCCUGACGGAGAAGGGCACGGCGGCUAGUGCCGAGGCCGUCCAAAUUCAAUCGUCCAAAGAGGCUGCCAACGGCAAGAUCAAUGUCCAAGUCACCGUUUUAGUGGACACAAACAGCACACACCAUCAUCAGCAACAGCAGCAGCAACAUCACCAACAACAGCUUCAGCAACACGCCAUGCUGUUGCAGCAACAUCUCCACCCCCAACAGCAGCACCAACAGCUACAGCAGCAACACAUCGCCUUAGAUGGCUAUAGUGCCACAUUGUCCAAUUUGAAGAAGCAACGCUCGCUCUCCCGCACCGCCAAUGUACUCAAUAAUUUCGAAUUGUCAUCAUCCCAAGCCACUAGCCUAGCCAAUUCAAUGCCAAUUGUUGCUGCCACAGCGACGACAGCAACAACUAUUAAUGGUUCUGUUUUAGGAGCCGGCGGCAACAACAACAACAACAUCAGUACCAGCAACAACAAUAACAACGGAGCAACAGCCCCCAUCUCAACACAACCCCUGGGAGGAAUGGGAAUGGGAAUGGGUCCUGGCAGUCUAAUAUCCGAUUACGAGGUAUCCUCACCAGCGAGCAGUUCGGUGAACAAGUUCAGCGGUAUCACCGGUGAUGUGGUCAGCGAUAGCACCAGUUCCAGUCGCAAGUGCUGUGUCCUGAUGUAAGGAUGCUGAAAUAAAAUAUAUCUAGAUAGAAAUUAGCCGCAUUAGAAUCACAGGGUAUUAAACCAAGAUGUCGAGAUGGAUGGAGACUCUGUCCACUCAGUAGGAGUAGGAGGAGACUAUUAUUGUCAUGGGAAUGUGUAAGCAAGAAAAAGUGUCUUUUUUAGAGUAUUCGGAAUUCAGUGAGAAUUGUAAAUGUUUAAAACAAAAGUCGUUACAGUAGAUGCAUGUUGGUUUAAACAAAACACAAAACAAACAAAAAGCAAAAAAGAGGAGUUCAAUUAUGUGAACUACCAGUACGGCUCAAAGUCGUUGCAUUUUCCUAGCAAAUGAUACACUACACACACAACAAAUUAUACUAUAAAAAUUUAUAUAUAUAUAUACAAGCAUAUGUAUACAUUUUAAAAAUUAUUGAAUAAACUAAAUGUGAGCAGUUUACCUUUAGCUAAUAUAUGUAAAAUCAAAAUCAAAAUCAAGAAAAACAAAAACACAAAGCAUCAAAAAUAUUUAUACAGAAAUGUUAAGUACUUUUGUUAAUUAAUUUGUGCUUGGAGUGCAUCGAGAAUAGUUGUGGUUCAGUGUGUGUGCGUGAGAAAACCAAAACAGGCAAAGUAUUAUGCAACAAGUAUGAAAUAUUUAACUAAAUAUAUGAUAGCAAAAUUAUAGUUGAAACGAAAACAGCAAAUGCAAAGCAAUGAAAUGAAAUGAAAUGCAAAGCACUUGAAGCAAUUUCCCAUAAUAAGUGUCUAGACGUGAAGUUUAUGCCAGACAGCAUUAGAAUUUUGCUUUGUUCGAUCUGGAUUUAUUUUUGUAAGACAGCAAAUAUUUUGCUAAAAACUAAAUUGAGUUUUUCGCAAAAAAAAAAAACAAACAAACAUGAUAAUUUGUAUUAUUUAUGUAGGAACUAUAUUUGUAAAUAGACACAAUUCCAAAAUAUGAAGAUGAAAAAAACUUAAAAUACAACGCGCAAUUAGCAGAUGAGACUUUUUCGAUUUAAUUGUCAAGGCAUUAGCUGAACGUUUUGUAAAAUAAAAGUGAAAAUACGAAAUAUA